UUUUAUUCCCGUCCAAAGAAACACAGCACUAAAUUCUUCCCAACAACUGAUGACCGGAGUCACCUAUUGGGUCCCACCACGAAGGGCCUUCCUUCCUAUGUGAUUGUGACGGUCAAUGAAGCUUCUGCCACAGUUUCAACAGCGAUCCCGUCCUCGCCGCUCUGCUACAAAAGAGGAGUAGAGCCGUCGACAAUGGCGGAACGCCUCGCCUCCUCCUCCAGAAUGCCCAAAAAUUCGAUCUUUCUCGCUCUCCUCCUCCUCCUCCCCCUCCUGCAUCUCCCCUCCACCUUCGCACAGCAGGAGGAGUUCAUCUUCACCGGCUUCUCUGGUGGCGGAGGCAGCAGAAACGGCAGCGGCGGCGGAUUAAGCUUGAAUGGGGUGGCGGAGAUCGAGAACAGCGGGAUCCUGCGGUUGACGAACGAAACCAGCCGCCUGAUCGGACGCGCGUUUUACCCGACGGCCCUCCAGUUCCGGAACGUCAGCGACGGCGCCGCUUUCUCCUUCUCCACCGCCUUUGCCUUCGCCAUCGUCCCCGAGUACCCCAAGCUCGGCGGCCACGGGUUCGCCUUCACCAUCGCGCCUUCCAAGAACCUCCCCGGGGCGCUCCCGAGCCAGUACCUUGGCCUCAUGAACGCCUCCGAAGUCGGCAACGCCACCAACCACGUGUUCGCCGUCGAGUUCGACACGGUCCAGGACUUCGAGUUCGGCGACAUCAACGACAACCACGUCGGCAUCGACAUCAACAGCUUGGCCUCGAACGCAUCCGCCGCCACGGGAUAUUUCGACGGCGCCGUCAAGAGUGACCUAAAUCUGAAAGGGGGACACACGAUCCAAGCUUGGGUCGACUACGAUGGCGCGAGGAAGGUCAUCAGUGUCACCGUCUCGCCUUUUUCCAAGAAGCCGAACACGCCGCUGUUGACGUUUCCGGUGGAUCUGUCGGCGAUUCUCGAAGAUCACAUGUUCGUGGGCUUCUCUGCGUCCACCGGAUUGCUGGCGAGCUCCCAUUACCUCUUCGGGUGGAGCUUCAAGAUGAAUGGCGCCGCGCGGUCGCUCGACCUUUCCUCCCUGCCGUCGCUGCCGCGGCCGCACAAGAAAAAUGUCACUUUGAUCGUCGCCGCCUCCGCCUCGGCCGUGAUCCUCCUCGUCGCGAUCUUAAUCGCCACCGCCUACAUCUUCUACAAGAUCAAGAACGCCGACGUGAUUGAGCCGUGGGAGCGGUCCUACGGCCCGCACCGCUUCUCCUACGCGGAGCUGAAGCACGCCACUAAGGGGUUCCGGGACCGCGAGCUGCUGGGCUUCGGCGGCUUCGGGAAGGUGUACAAAGGGACGCUGCCGGGGUCGAAGAUGGAGGUAGCGGUGAAGCGCGUCUCCCACGAAUCGAGGCAGGGAAUCCGGGAGUUCGUGGCGGAGAUCGCCAGCAUCGGGCGGCUCCGCCACCGGAACCUGGUCCAGCUGCAGGGCUGGUGCCGCCGACGCGGCGACCUCCUCUUGGUCUACGACUACAUGCCCAACGGCAGCCUCGACAAGUUGCUAUUUUCCGACGAUCCCUUGGACCACCGGCCCAAGGCGCCGACGGUCCUUCCGUGGCAGCACCGCUUCCGGAUCCUCCGCGGCGUCGCCUCCGCGCUGCUCUACCUCCACGAGGAGUGGGAGCACGUGGUGAUCCACCGGGACGUGAAGGCCAGCAACGUCCUCCUCGACGCCGAGCUUAACGGCCGCCUCGGCGACUUCGGGCUAGCCAAGCUGCACGAGCACGGCGCCAACCCGAGCACCACCCGCGUGGUGGGCACCCUCGGGUACCUCGCCCCGGAGCUCACCCGCACCGGCAAGUCCACCACCAGCUCUGACGUGUUCGCCUUCGGCGCGCUGGUGCUGGAGGUGGUCUGCGGGCGGCGGCCCAUCGACCCCAAGGCACUGCCCGAUGAGCUGGUUCUGGUGGACUGGGUGUGGGCGCGGUGGACCGCGGGCCGGUUGUUCGACGCAGUGGACCAGCGGCUGGGAGGCGAGUACAAUCGGGAGGAAGCCGAGGUCGCCAUAAAGGUGGGCCUUUGGUGCUCCCACCCGGCGACGGCGGCUCGUCCGGGGAUGCGGGACGUAGUGCGCUACCUGGAAGGCGGUGACGGGGCGGAGGUGCCGCCGCUGCCGGCCCCGGCCGAUUACUACGACCCCGGGAAGGACUCCGUUGGGUUCGACGAUUUCUUGCGCUUCUACGCCUCGUCCUCGUUCGAGAAGCUGUCGUCGGGCUCGGCGGCGUUGGGCGACGAAGCCCCCUCGGCCAGCUACUCUCCUCUUGCUCGGUUCUCUCGUGGCGGCGUGUGAAACGGAUCAUGGUUCGGGUUCAGAAAUUGGGCUCAAUUCAAUCGAGCCGGUACGGUUCAAAUAUGGAACAAUGACGUUAGUCCACUGCUGUCGUCCUCAUCGUAAUGCCCUGCAAUUGCAAAAUGGAUUGUAAUAAAAAAAAAUUAAAAAAAUAUUGAACCAGUAACACACCUGGGGCUGCAUUAAAGGCUUUUAAUGGCUCAUGGAGCAAUUAGAUGUUCAAAUUGUCUAAUCGUUUGCAAAAGUCCUGUCUUUUUUUUUAUUUUAAUAAUAAAUGAAAAAAAAGCUUAUUAUUUUUUUGACGA